AUGCCCUCCCAAGCCGCCCAAGACGAAUUCGACGCCCUCUUUGCCGACAAAGACUACCAUUCUCUCCCCCACCCUGAAGACCGCGACGCCCGUUCUGACCACGACGACUCCGACAAGGACGCCCUCCCCGAGCACUUCUACGAAAAGGACGACGAGGACGACGAGCCCGAGGCCUCCAAUUCAGACAUGCGCGCCAACUACUACCUCCCCCAGCGCCGGGGCGAGAUGAACACGGGGCCCAAGGGCGUCAUUGCAGACGCUCACGCCUUUGAGCAGGCGAAGCGGGCCCGCCGCUUCUCGCUGUUCAGAGGGAAGGAUAACGCCCAGAUGGGCUACUCGGUGUCGGUGUACACGGACGACAAGGACAAGGGUAGUGAGGACGAUGCUGAGGAGGGCUUCAUGCAGCGAUGGCGGCAGGCACGGCUACGAGAGCUGCAAGGAGCUGGCAGGCGGAUUCGCAGCCGGACGAGCAGCCCUGGGAAGCGGGUGUAUGGGAGCUUAGUCAAUGUGGAUGGGGAUGGGUUUUUGGAUGCCAUUGAGAAGUCGGCGUCGGAUACUGUGGUUGUGGUGUUCAUUUACGAUGAUAUGUCUGAUAUCAGCUCCAUGGUCGAGGACUGCGUGAGGAGACUAGCGAAGCAGCACUCGUCAACACGUUUCGUGAAGCUGCACUGCGACGACGCCGAGAUGGAGAGGGCCGGUGUGCCCGCCAUACUCGCAUACAGAGGCGGCGACAAAUUCGCUGGCCUUGUCCCCGUCAUGGACGAGAUCCCCGAUGACGCUGAGCUGAGCGCGAUGAGUCUAGAGGUGGCGUUGAAGAAACACCAAAUCCUGUUCUAA